AUGUUUGUGAUUUAUUUCGUCAACUGGACACACUACAAAAACAUAUGGCAGCCAAACCGUGGCAUUCGUAAGAAAACCAAACGUUUUCACAAUGAUCAACUCACUGAAACAGUUGGCCCUGAUCAACUCACUGAAACAGUUGGCCCUGAUCAACUCACUGAAAUGUUGGCCCUGAUCAACACAUUGAAACAGUUGGCCCUGAUCAACUCACUGAAACAGUUGGCCCUGAUCAACUCACUGAAACAGUUGGCCCUGAUCAACUCACUGAAACAGUUGGCCCUGAUCAACUCACUGAAACAGUUGGCCCAGAUCAACUCAGUGAAACAGUUAGCCCUGAUCAACUCACUGAAACAGCUGGGUCUCAUCAAUACCAAGAAAGAAAAAAAUUGGGAGAAAAAAGAAAAAAGAGAACCUAAAAAAUGGGAACGCCCAGUAGAUGUUGUUUUCUUGUUGUAUAAAAGUGGUGAAGCCAUGCUGGACAGUGCUAUCCGUCCUUUCGUCAUCACGGCUGUCUGUCAGGAUAUGUCACGUGAUGUGGUGAAUGACAGCUGGACACGUGGGCAGCAGAUGUUCAUGAACGGCUCGCUUGACCCCUGUGAUUACCUGACGGAGCUGCCACUUCUGGAGUCACCUGUACAGGCCAGAUCUGCAACAUUUUUAAUGAUUCACCGUAUACUAGUAAGUGUGCCCGCGGCAUUUCUCGGGCUGUUGUGUGGAGCUUGGAGUGACCGUACUGGCAGAAAGCCACCAAUGAUUAUUCCAAGUUUAGGUAGCAUUCUGGCCGUGCUGUUGUAUAUUUUGGGUGUGUUGUUGGUGAAGCAUACUUUAAUGAUCAUUAUGAUCGGAGGAUUCGUACAGGGUGCUCUGGGUAAAAGCUCUGUGAUAACAAUGGCGGUCAACAGCUACAUCAGCGAUACAACCUCUGACGAAGACAGGUCCAGAAUGCUUGGACAAUUGCUGGCCAUGAAUUUCUUCGGACUCAUUAUAGGUUCCGCCUUAGCAGGAGCCCUACAGGACUUGACCAACUUGCAGACGACAUUGGGUGUGGUCAUCGGGUUCCACUCUGCCUCUAUGCUAACAGUGGUCAUUUUUGUCAAAGAGGCUUCUGACAAAAACUCAUCCCGUGAAAAAGAAUUUAAGCGUGGCAAUAGAGACAUGCUUUCCUUUUUAAGUCUUCAGAGCGUGAAGGACUCAGUGAGGGCCCUCGUUAAACCACGAGAAGAAGGGAAGAGAACUCUUGUCAUAGUCGCCUUCAUGGCCAUGUUUCUCAACCAGACAUGUAAAGUUGGCGAGCAGGACGUCACCGUGCUGUUUGUGCAGAAAGCCCCGUUGUCAUGGCAACCGUCUGGCUACGGGUACCUGCUGUCUGUGGAUUGUGCCGGAAUGGGACUCUGUCUUCUGCUGUUGCUGCCCGUCUUGUCCAGUUUCUUCAAGCUCAGUGACGUCACUAUCGUCCUGCUGGGGCUGGGCUUUAAGCUGAUGAGGAAUGUAGCGACGGGGUUUUGUACCCUCACAUGGAUGGUUUACGUUUCUGUUUUAGUUAGUUCCCCUGUUGGAGUCAUAUCGUCAGGGUCAAGGUCCAUACUAAGCAAGGCCGUGUGUGAUGACGAGACGGGCAAGGUUUUCGCCCUCGCCUCCAGCGCUGAGACCCUGGCUAAGCUGCUGGGCUCUGUCGUGUUUGUCAACAUCUACGCCGCUACGCUGGACAUCUGGGCGGGGCUGGCCUACAUCUCAGCUGCACUGGUCACUCUCGACCUCAUCAUUUUAAUGGUGUGGUUGUGCAUUCGGUACCAGACAAAGCCGGUCGUUGACCCUUUGCCCAAGAACUACCAGAGUGUGUGUAGCCGUGAUACCACCCUGCAUAUACCCAGUGAGACGGAGAAGAAAGAUCCAGAAACAACGAUGUCCAGCAGUGAUGCUCUGCACUAG